AUGUCCGAUUUCUUAUUUAUUAGCGAAAGACUCUUACCUACUGUUAAGAAGGUGAAAUUAGACCUUUUUAACUCAUUUGAAGAUGAAACAAUGUCAGCUAUGAUAAAAAAAUAAGAGGAAUCUUUUAUACCUUUCCUAAGUUUAAGAUAAAAAUAUGGAGUACAUUAAAAAGGUGGAUUUUAUCCACUUCCAAAAAAAUAUGCAUCUCUUUUAGAUUUAUUCAAUAAAAUAGAGAUGAAUUACUUAAGAAAUAAAUGCUAAAUAUAAUUUACUGUUUAGAACAAUUUCUCAGAUAUCAUCUAAGUCCUUUAGCUAUUAACUUUAGAUCCUAGUUUAUAUAAAAUUAAAGGAAUUUAAGAUGGAAUUGUAAUUUAACAUCCAUUCUAAAAUAAUCAUAACAAUAAUGAUAAAAAUAAUGUAAAAUAUUCUUUGGAAAUUAAUCAAUUUUAAGAAUUAAUAGAGAAAAGAAUAAAAAAAUUAAGAGAAAAAUUAGAUCAAUAAGUUUAAAUGAAACAUAAAGAACAUUUAGCCAUAAUUAAUUGUGAGGAUUUCGAACAGUUUGGAUCUUAAUUCAAAUUAUAUCAUAAUGAUUUUGAUUUGAAUGAUGUCCCAGAUAUAAGACCCAUUAAAUUAAAAAAAUCAAUUUUUUCAAAAGAAUUAGUAUAAUUUCAUCUUGAUAUACUAAAUUUUAUGGCUGAUUACUAUGAUAAAAGAGGGGUUAGUUUCAUGUUUUAUGAUAAUAUUGUAACAAUCCUCAGUGUUCAUUUUAAUAAAGUAAAAAGUGAAAUAGAGAAAGCUUUAAAAAAUCUUAUGAAUUUGUUGACAGAUAAAAUGUAAAUUAUUAUGGAUCACAUAAAUAAACAAAGAUGGAUGGUGUAAUUAGAUAGAACAUCUUUGCCAUUUAUAAAUAAACAAUGUAUAUUGAAUUUAUUUUUUUGUUAUUGA